AUGGACUCCUUCACCACCCCCGUGAGAACUUCGGACUUUGUUUUAGCCCCGAGGGUCUUUGACCAUCCGCGGAGAAAACGCUACAUCAGCGGCAGUUCCAAGGAGGACCCUCUGACCCAACCGUUGCUGGAUACGCCGAAACCCGACUCCGAAACCCUUGUGAGACACCCCGAUGAGCGUGGCGGUCUCUCUUUGUCCACCCCCUCAGAGGUGGAAGGCGAUUGCGGCUCGGGGGAGUCACCGGCAGACAAGGCGAACGGAAAAGACGGCGCUCAGCUCGACGAUGCCUUUCUAGAGGACCCGGACAGCGAUGCAUCAAGCAGCGAAGAUGAACUGGCCCCACCAUGUUUUUGCUCAACGCCAAUACAAGUUGUUGAAGAGGACUCUGAGGAUGAUGGCUAUGAGGAGUUUAGGAGGCGGCUUGGCAUAGAACUAACUGAGCCAGUGCCACGUCGUGAGCGUAAAAAAGUCAUGCGGACUAUUGUACGCAUUGCUGUUUAUGCUAUCCUUAAACACUGCCUUAGGGAAAAGCUUUUUGAAGAUUGCCUAAGCACACAUGAGGGGGAACAGAACAAGCGUGUGCCUGCAACACUUUAUCGCAUAGUGAAAGCCUGA